AAACACAAACACAAACAUCAGCCAUUUUCAGUUUGCUGUGGUCAUCCUCCCUCACUCCAGCACAAAUAUCUGCCAAUCUAUCACACUGAAAGGGACGAGAAGGAUGGACGAAGCGGAAGCGGGUGAGCGCGCACACGGGCGUCUGUUUUGCUGAGCGCGUCGCCGGGAUUCGUCUGAUUCACGUCUCAUAUCGUUUUAUUGGAGCGAGUGUGAAUCCAUCCCAUCACAUAGUUUACUCGCUCGAGUUCAGGAGAAGCGGAUUAUUAAAGCGUCCCACGGCUGAUGUCCACCAUGGUGUACCCACGAGACGAGGCGCUGGAGCGUCUGACGCAGGACGAGAUCGUGCUGAACACUAAAGCAGUGAUGCAGGGUUUGGAGACGCUGCGAGGGGAACACGCUCAGCUCCUCAACUCUGUCCUGGACUGUGCUCCGCCUCCCGUCGCACAGGAGAGGUCCAGCCUGCUCCGAAAGAGUCUGGAGGACAUCGAGCUGGGGCUCGGAGAGGCGCAGGUGAUCAUCGCUCUGUCUGCUCACCUGAGCGCCGUGGAGUCGGAGAAGCAGAAGCUGCGUGCUCAGGUGCGUCGUCUCUGUCAGGAGAACCAGUGGCUGCGGGACGAGCUGGCCAGCACUCAACACAAGCUGCAGAAGAGCGAGCAGAGCGUGGCCCAGCUGGAGGAGGAGAAGAAGCACCUGGAGUUCAUGAACCAGAUCCGGAAGCUGGACGGGGACGCCUCGCCCUCCGAGGAGAAGACGGGAGAGAAGGAGAAGGACAAUCUGGACGACCUGUUUCCAAACGACGACGAGCCGGGGCCAGCUCAGCCCAGCGGUGAAGCGGCGGCGCAGCAGGGGGGCUACGAGAUCCCGGCCCGUCUCAGGACGCUUCAUAACCUGGUGAUCCAGUACGCCUCUCAGGGACGCUACGAGGUGGCCGUGCCGCUCUGCAAACAGGCUCUGGAGGACCUGGAGAAGACCUCCGGACACAACCACCCAGACGUGGCCACCAUGCUCAACAUCCUCGCCCUGGUCUACAGGGACCAGAACAAGUAUAAAGAGGCGGCUCACCUGCUGAACGACGCUCUGGCCAUCAGAGAGAGGACUCUGGGGAGAGAUCACCCCGCUGUGGCCGCGACCCUCAACAACCUGGCCGUGCUGUACGGCAAGCGCGGGAAACACAAGGAGGCCGAGCCGCUCUGCAAGAGAGCGCUGGAGAUCCGAGAGAAGGUUCUGGGUAAGUUCCACCCUGACGUGGCGAAGCAGCUCAAUAAUCUGGCUCUGCUGUGUCAGAAUCAGGGCAAGUAUGAGGAAGUGGAGUAUUAUUACCGCAGGGCGCUCGAGAUCUACGAGAACAAACUGGGCGCAGACGACCCCAAUGUGGCCAAGACCAAAAACAACCUGGCCACGUGUUACCUGAAACAGGGCAAAUUCAAAGACGCAGAGACGCUUUACAAGGAGAUCCUGACCCGCGCGCAUGAGAAACAGUUCGGAUCUGUCAACAAUGAUAACAAACCAAUCUGGAUGCAUGCAGAGGAAAGAGAAGAAAGCAAGGGUAAGAGGAAGGACCCGGGUCCGUACGGUGAAUACGGCAGCUGGUACAAAGCAUGUAAAGUGGACAGCUCGACUGUUAACACCACGCUGAAGAGUCUGGGUGCUCUGUACCGCCGGCAGGGCAAGCUGGAGGCCGCCGAGACGCUGGAGGAGUGUGCCACGAAAAACCGCAAACAGGGCAUCGAUGCCAUCAAUCAGAGUAAGGUGGUGGAGCUGCUGAAGGAUGGAGGCGGUGCUGGAGGAGACAGACGUCAGAGUCGGGACGGAGUAAACGCCCGAGGAGACUGUGAUGGAGAUGAAGCCGAGUGGAGCGGGGAUGGUAACGGCGGGCUGCGCAGGAGUGGCUCGUUCGGGAAGAUUCGGGAAGCACUGCGGCGCAGCAGUGAGAUGCUGGUGAAGAAGCUGCAGGGCAGCGGCCCUCAGGAGCCACGAAACCCCGGGAUGAAGAGGGCGAGCUCCUUAAAUUUCCUCAACAAGAGUGCAGAAGAAACCUCACAGGAAUAUACCAGCGGUCUGUCAGAAUCCAGAGGACUGAGCGCUAGUAAUGUGGACCUGACCAGACGCAGCUCUCUGAUCAGUUAGAGACGACGUCUGAACGUGAAAAAGGAACCAAACGCAGAGGCUGUUUGCUACCUACUUGAAUCGAAAAUACCAUUAAAUUAUACUUAUUACAAACGUUAUCCUAAGAAAAAGAUCUUAAAAGCAAACACAUCUCUUUUAGUUACACUUCGGUUGCAAAAAUCUGGGAUUCAUCUCUCUGCUUCGCCACUAGCGAGAUCAAACGCAAUGUAGCAUGCUAUAUCGCCUACUAAACCACAGACAUCCAGUGGUGGAAUUACAUCAAUGCAUGGCGUCAAAAUCGCGAAGUUUAGCACACAAUGAUCAAGUUAUCAAAGCAUACAUUUGCCAUUUAGAAAACAAAGUUAAUAUAUAGUAGAUGCUAACAGCUUCCACGAAACGACCUCACUGAGUUGAAACGGUGCGAAAAAUUACUACUAAUGCAUUUACGAAAAAUAUGAGCGUUGAAAUUCGAGAGCACUGACUGGUACGACCUCACUUUUGCCUUUUGAGUUUAAUGUAUAUGAUGAUUUAAAUUAUUUAAGGUCUUUGUGUUUUCGCGAAAUUAGCGCACAAGGAUUUCGUUUACACUGUAGUUGUACGUCUGUCCUGGAGCGACUGGAAAUCGCGUUGAAUGUUACAAUGAAGGAUUUCUGCUUUACGAUUUAAAGCUGAUUCGAGCUAGAGCUCUUAUUUAUUAGCGAAUCUAGAUUCAGAAUACAAACGCUCAGUCAUUUUAUCUGAUUGCGAGGCAAACUCCUCCAGCUCUGCGGUCAAAUCGGUGGAAAAGGCCAAACCUAUACAACUGGAAUUUUCCAUCAGUUUACGUGUUUUUUAUUUUAUUUGAUUUUCCAGCCACUGGAAUAUAAGGAUGUGAGUAAAACAGACAAAUCCUCUUGUUUUUGUUUUUAUCUUUUCAUGUUCAUACAUUGCCAAUCCUAACAGGAACAACAAAUGUCUUAUAAGUGUACUUGUAUGUAAACGUUUGCACCUUUUUGUGACUCACUUGCCCAUUUUUUACAUUGAUUUAAGGAUGUGUGUGUUUGAUUUUUGGUUUAUUUGCUCGAUUUUUCUUGUGUUCAUCGGAGGCGAGUGAUCUCUGUAUGUGCAGACGACACUAGCUUUGGGAACCAGCCAUACAAAUGAGCCAAUCUUAUAAAUAAAUGUCAUAUUUCACCUUAAAUCAUAUGCAAUCACAUUUUGCAUAAAGAUUUUUGUUUUGUUCUUCUUCUUUGUAUUGCCAGAUUACUUUCAUUAGUUAAGCACAUUUUUCCUCCAAUUUCUAAUCACAAAAGCUAUACAUUAUAUAGCUAUACAUUAAAAGCCCCAAAAUAAGGAAUGCAACAACUACUAUUAGAUUUAAUAAUUCAUUGAAAUGUAAUUUAUUUGCCACUGUGCGGUAGUUUUGUAAUUUACAGUAUUACAUUAUUAAGAAUUUAGGGGUUUAGUGCUUGGUUGUAAUUAAUAUCACAAUGCUAAACGUCUUUAUUAUGCUCAGUUUUCCUAAAAAUAUACUGUAUUCUGUGUAAUUGUUUACUUUUGGUUUUGCUGUGAAAUAUGACACAAGUUUGUGAGAUUUUCUCAAACAGAAUUUGCAAAAAGUAAUGCGUUGAUGCUGAUGAUGAUGUUUGGAUGAGCUGAACAAAAACAAAUGUUCUAGAAAGCGCUCGAGUGAUGAGAGAAGAAAAAGUCCGAUAGAUACAAAUUGAUUGUAAAAUACUGAAUUUUUGACUCACUUGUGACCACAAACACACACACACACACACACUUGUGUAUCCUCCACAUGCUAGCACAGACAGGUAGUUUGUAAUAACGCCGUGUUUACACCACUUAUGAAUGUGACCCACCUUUGGCUGUCUGUCAUGUUUUCUGAUGAUUUGUGAAGCCUCCCUCUCGCCACAUGACCGUUAUUAACGGUCUCAGCGGUUAGAGUGCACACCUCCGCACUGAUCUCAGAACAGCGCCCCCUGUCCCGCUCAGAGCGCGCUGCGGUGUUAGAAGCAGCUCGUCGUCCCCAGAUCAGCGAUGAAGGAACACGGCUCUGCUGAUCUAGUCUUUCCUCACAGAUGUGUUUCACUUGUGAACGAGGACAACCUCCUGUGUGUUUUAAUAAAGGAUCGGAAUAAACUCUGCUUUUCAAACCA